GCGUUUUUUCUCUUCUGGGUUUUUAUGUAUUGCUCAGAUUUUUAUUAAUGAUUUCCUUGAUUUUAGGAUUGCAAAAUUAUUAGAAUUAAUGGGUAUUUUGUAUUGAUAUGAUUUGGGUUUUUAAGAAUGUUGAAUAUUUUGUUUUCUGGGGAUUAUUUAGGUUAGAAUUCAAUUGGGGUUUGUUGUUCUUUGUGUUUUUCAUCUGGGAUAAUAAAAAAGAUUGAAGCUUGAUGAUGUUUGUGUGCUAUGAAAAGAGGUGAAAUGGAGACUCCAUAUAUGAGAUGUCUGAACAACAGCAUUUCUCGGUUCAUUCAUUUGAUGUCAUGUCAGACAUCAAAGGGUAUGCCUACUCAAAAUGAGUUUGAGGGUAUGGCUAUUAUGCUGAAACAUUUGAAACCUGUCCUUGAUGAGAUUGAUGAUGAAAAAAUAGCUUCGGAAACAAAUUUAUGGAAGGAGUGUGAAGACCUGGAUGCGUAUAUCAAUUCAGCACGAGAAUAUAUGGAACGAUGGUCACCUAAAAUGAGCAGGAUUCUAUCUGUUUUACAAAGUGAACAAUUGAUGAAAAUAAUCAGGAGUUCUUCCCUCGAGAUUUGUGGCAUAUUGUGUAGGUUAUUGCGAACAUCAACAUCUUCUUCUGGUUUUGCCGGUGUACAAGUAUGUACAGAGAUAAUGCAUUGUGUACAGGAGCUUCAAAGCUGGCAACCAGAGCGAAUUUCAGGACACAUCGAACAAGCUAUGAGAAGUAAAAAUGAUGAUAAUCUGCUUUCUAGCGAUGAACACUUGGCAGAAAUUGUGGAGUCACUAAACCUAGUAUCAAAUCAGGAAUUACUUAAAGAAAGUAUUGCUGUUGAGAAGGAAUGGGUGAAAAUUCAUGCAAACAAGAGCAACGAAGAAGUGGAUCAAAUAAACCAAAUCGUGGAUCUUUUGGCUCUUAUUCGUACUUAUAUGCUAAAAAACGGAUGUUUUGGAACAAUGAACGGCGUUGCUGUCCCGUCAUACUUCCGUUGCCCUUUGUCAUUAGAUUUCAUGUUAGACCCGGUUAUUGUAGCUUCGGGCCAAACUUAUGAGAGGUCUUCUAUCCAGAAAUGGCUUGAUAACGGGCUAAAAAUUUGUCCCAAAACCCGUCAACAUCUUUCCCACACCAAUAUCAUAACAAAUUACACUGUCAAGGCACUGAUAUCAAACUGGUUUCAGGAAAAUAACCUAAAACCACCUCCAAGUAACUCUGACACCAGAAAUGCUGUUGUUGUUGAUGACUUAUCUGCUCCUGAUAUAAUCCGUACUGAUAGUUUCCGGUGCUCGGUUCAUAGCAGUGACUCUAUGUCUAUGUCCAGGUCUUCCUUAGAGGUUGCAGAUGCAGUUUCUGAACACACUUAUGCACACAGUAGGACCCACUCUGCUGUUUCGAGCUGUGAUUACAUGCCCUCAUCAACAACUGAAAUAUCAAGGAUAUCUGAAAAAGUAGGUGAGAUUAUGUCGGAGUAUUCUCCUAUAAAUAGUAACUCUUUAUCAGGAAGAGGAUCUCAGAGUGCGAAAACAAGAUCAGAGAAUGGGAGCAGUAACUAUUCCAGAGUUCACUCACUUUCACUCUCGGAUUUGGGACAUGAUGAAACAACUACGUCGUCCCAUGUUGAUGAAAUUGUUGGAAAUCUUAAACGGUCAUCCAAUAACGCGUUGCAAACUGCGGCUGCAGCUGAGAUACGGCUUCUUGCUAAACACAACAUGGAGAAUCGGAUCAUUAUUGGGAAAUGUGGGGCCAUUAUACCUUUGAUUACACUUUUACACUCUGAUGUGAUGAUAACACAAGAACAUGCCGUGACUGCACUUCUGAACCUUUCACUAAAUGAAGAAAUCAAAGCAAGAGUUGCAGAAUCAGGAGUUAUUGAACCAUUGAUACAUGUACUUAAAACAGGAACUGAUACAGCUAAAGAAAACUCAGCUGCAGCUCUUUUCAGUCUCUCUCUUCUUGAAGAUUACAAGUUAAAGAUCGGGCGUUCAGGAGCAAGUAAAGUGUUGGUUGAUCUUCUUGCUCGGGGGACUGUUAGAGGGAAAAAAGAUGCUGCAACUGCCUUGUUUAAUCUCUCAAUCUGCCAUGAAAAUAAAGCUCGAAUUGUUCAAGCUGGUGCAGUGAAGUAUCUUGUUCAGCUUUUAGAACCUAAUACAGGAAUGGUUGAUAAAUCGGUUGCCCUUCUUGCGAAUCUAUCCACAAUUUCGGAAGGGCGUUUGGCGAUUGCUAAGGAAGGUGGAAUACCAUUGAUUGUUGAGAUUGUUGACUCGGGAUCACAAAGAGGAAAGGAAAACGCUGCUUCCGUGUUGUUGCAAUUGUGUCUUAAUAAUACUAAGUUUUGCAACUUGGUUCUUCAAGAAGGUGCCGUUCCACCACUUGUUGCUCUAUCUCAAUCGGGAACCCCUAGAGCUAAGGAGAAGGCACAACAGCUUUUGAGUCAUUUCCGUACUCAGCGUGAAGGCGCUUCAGGAAAGAAAAAGUAGUGAGACAAAAUUUGUUGCUGUUAUUAUUCAUCCCUUUUUUUUUUCAAAAGCUAGGUCAUUUGCGUUAGAUCAGGUAUUCUUUUGCCGUAAAUCUUUCCAAUCAUGCCAUCAUUUAAUUUUUGUUUGAGUAGUACAUACUAAGUAUUAGUUACUAGGCAGGUACGUAGUGAGGUUCGUCAGUAAUCAUUGUUUGCUGAAUAUUUCAUUAGCUGUUGUGAUGAGCUUGUUCUUGAUCAAGGAUUACUUAAAUUUUGUGUGUAUAUAUAUGUGUAAUAUAAGAUCUUGAUGUUUGCAAAUCAUAAUUAUCUUUGCUUCAAAAUUUGUUGCAACAAUUAACUA